AUUCAAAUUAAACAUUGACACUGCAAAACUAACUGUGCUUAGACGCUAGCAGUUCUAAGGAAUAUAAUUUUAAGCUUUUGUGCUCAGUUUUUCUUUGUUCGUAAAGCGAUUACAUUAGUUAGCUUGGAGAGAUGAUCUGCGAGCUUCUUUUAAUCUUAGUUAGCUAUGCGAGAAUAAUCGCUUUGUGACAGAACAAUCAUUCAAAGCUAAAGUGGUGGAAACUUUAAUUACCCCCCUACAAUGGCGAAACGUAUGAAUCCAGGAUCGCCAGGAGGUGGUGGUUCCAAUGUCCCGUCCACCGGAGAACAACUGCCAGAGACCAUCAACGAUGUCUUCAGAUGCUUCAUUUGCAUGGAAAAACUCAAAGAUGCGCACCUUUGUCCUAGUUGUUCCAAACUGUGCUGCUUUCAGUGCAUAUCGCGAUGGCUAAACGAGCGCCCCAACUCAUGUCCCUACUGCCGUGCCACACUGCACGUCUCCGAUCUGGUAAACUGCCGGUGGUACGAAGAAGUGGCAUCGCACAUUGAAAACCUUCAGCAGAUUUGUCAAAACAUAAAAGUUUCCAGUUCCGGUCGGCGGGAUCAAUGCGCAACGCACAAGGAAAAACUUAGUGUUUUUUGUAAGCCUUGUAAACAAUGUAUUUGUGCUUCGUGCGCCCUUUGGAAGCAUUCGGGUCACACUUUCAAACAGCUUGAUUUGGUUUACGAAACCCACUUAGCUCAGGUUAAAGAGGAGCAGCAGCAACUCAAGUCUCGAUUACUGGAACUGAUUAGCUUAGUGCAAAAUGUCGAGCAAAACGUGGAAACGGUGCGCAACGCAAAGGACGAACGCGUCUGCGAAAUUAGGACUGCGGUAAACCUGAUGGUUGGCCGGCUUGACUCCCAGCUCAAAGGUAAACUGCUCACCCUAAUGCGCCAGAAAAAUUCCCUCAAUCAAGAGACUGAACAGCUCGAACAGCUACUCCACGAAAUUGAGCACCAGCUAAGCACGUGUUCAAAAUCACAACUUAUAAUGAAAUCGGCUGAUCUACUGAACAUGAUCAACCAAGUUCGCACCAAACCUAUUGCCAGCUAUGUAACUACAACAACAGUGCCAGCGGAUUUUGUUAGUGAAAUUGUGCCAGCCUACGAAACAGGCGUAUUUAUCAUGCAGAAUUUUACAAAGCUGCAGAAGAAAGCCGAACCAGUCUACUCUAGCCCGCUGUACGUGAAUGGACUAUGCUGGCGGCUUAAAGUGUACCCGGGAGGGAACGGUGCCGUGCGGAAGGAGUACCUCAGCGUGUUUUUGGAGCUGACUGUAGGCUACCCAGAAACUAGCAAAUACGAAUAUCGCGUUCAAAUGAUUCAUCAAAACCCAGCGAAAAUAAUUCAACGAGAGUUCGUAUCCGACUUUGAGGUUGGCGAGUGCUGGGGCUAUAAUCGGUUCUUUCGGUUGGACUUGCUGGCCGACGAAGGAUAUCUGAACGCGCACGAUUCAUUGGAGCUGCGCUACCAAGUUCGUCCGUCCACGUUUUUCCAGAAGAGUCGCGAUCAGCAGUGGUACAUUAACAACCUUCUACGAACUCAAACGCUUCAGCUGGCCGAGAUUAAGGUGCUGAACGAACGCAUAGAGCGCCUCACGGAAGCUGCGGCCGCAACGACGUCGUCGUCGUCCGUUGGUAGGGAAGUUCAAGCACGUAAAUCCCGCAGUGUGUCGGAUGCUUCAACUAGCUACAGCAGUCGCAAGCCGGACAUUAAAUCAACGGUGCAGAUUGGUUCCAGCAGCACUGCAAAGAAUACAGUAAUGCUGGGCGAUGCUGUCAAGCAAAAAACCAGCAAUGCUACAGGUGGUAAUAGCACAGUCACUAAUCUCAACAAUAACAACGACUGUCAACCACCAACAGAUGAUUUCAGUGCACUUUUGUCAUCCUUUAACAUGAACUCGUAUGUAAGCCACGUGAACGUUCAACCAUCUCCGACCGUCAGCAGUGAAUCGGGAUCGAAGGUUGCAGUAGGAGCCAGUUCUGGUACCAACGAACGUUUCAAAAACAGCAACUUGUCAAUUUCUUAUUCAUCGCCAAAUUUACAGUCCAACAAUAGCACAUCUAGCAUCGAAUCCGAUGACGAUUUUACGUCGGAGCACACGGAACUCAACGGGAACCCUAGAAGGCGCACUGCCGCCGAAACACAGGUACUUUUCGACGACACUAGCUCAAUCGACGAAAACGAAAUAGAAACAGAAGAGGUCCUGUCGGGGGAAAACGAUGUCGAGUAUGCCGAGCUUUCCAUGACACAGCGAAUGCCUUCAAAAGUGUCACAGACGAGCAAUGGCAACGGCAGAUCGUCCGGAACAACGACGUCGGAACGCCCUUCCAACGAUCAUAUAGCGCUGGACGAGGAAUUGAUGCUGUUGACACUGUUUGACGACUCCCCGGCGGCGAAUCCAACCAUGGCUGAAAGUGGUGUUUUGCUCAACAAUCAAACCAGUCGGCCAUCUCUACGACAACCGAUAAUAUCGGCUAGCGUGCUCGAGAGUUUACUGGAGCCCCCAAGGUUAAAUGCAACGCCACUGACCGUUAGCAACCCCGAAUCCGUUGUGUCCAAUAAUGCAUCUUCAACACGUUCUGUAAUUAGCAAUGGGUUACAAAACAUACAGACUUCGCUAGACUGUUUCGAUCGUGUGUUUAAUGACCUUCAACUGAUGGAAAACGCUAGCAUCGGAAUAACGCCAUCAGUGGCAAAUAUUGCCAAAGCAACGAUAGUCACCUGUCGUAACCCGGAAGAGAAUCCAACCAUACCGGAAGAUGCCAACAGCCCUGACAUGCAAAUGAUCCAAAGUGGCCAGGAUUACGACUUGACGUCGGCUGCACGGAACCGCAAACGUGAUCGCGACUGGGACAAACGAUACCUAAACCAACCAAACAUCGGCCACACACCCCUUGAUUGGGGAAACAGUCCACCGGUGGAUCUGGAUGGGGCACAUUGCAGCGUGUCUAGCGUCCCCAGCUCAUCAAAAAACUGGAUCGGAGUCCUGAACCUGGACAGUAAAAGCAACCCCUCCGCCUCAAAGGAUCUGAGAAAUGACGUCAACUUUUGGACGAAUGUGUUCUUUCCAUCGAGUGCCAGCGCUGACCAUGACUACGUUCCGUCAUCGGCGGCGGCGACAUCCCCAGUUGUGGCAGGGCCGAGUGGAGGAGGGUCAUCGUUCGGUUCACAGCUGGACGGAGUCAGAGCCAGUGUUAAUUAUUUGAACAAACUCAAGAAAAUUAAAACCAACCUCAACCGGAGUAGAGAUAUGGACAACACACUGAUUCAAACUGAUAAAGACACCGGUGGUAGAUCUCAUAACAACGAUGAUAAAAAUGACAGUUUAUCAGAUGACUAACAAGAAUCGGCAUUACUAGGCGUUUUAAUCGAAUUGUAUACACAGCAUAUUUGUAGUCAAAAUUUAAAUAAAAGAUUUUUGAUCAAUGAAAA